CAAGGACAGGCACACUGCGCAGACAUGCACAUACACUUAUUCAGCACCAGCAUCAUCACCACCACCAACCACCACCACAAGCAAUAGCAACAAUUACAGUCACAGAAUGUCCGCCUCGGUCCCUGCAUCAGCAAUAGCCAAGACACCCGUGCCGACCCGCCCGGUCAGCACAUACCCGCCGCCCCUGUCCGGCAAGUACGCCAACCUGCCCCCGCUGCCCGAGGACAAGGCCCCCGACGGCAAGAGCUACGUCAACCCGCCCGCCGCCGACGGCAAGCCCAGCGAGGCGUACGGCAGGUUCACCGCGCCGCUCGACAAUGGCAUUCGCGGGGGAUUCGACGUGCACAUCUACCACGACCCUUCGGACGCAGAACAAGCCGCCUACGCACUGCAGCUAUGGGAGCGUAUCCGGCGAGAGUUCCCAGAGCUCCGAAUCUACCGCUUCUGGCAAGUCCCCAUCGGCCCGCACCCGCUGGCCAUGUUCGAGGUGAACCUGCACACGCCCGCCCACUUUGGCGCCUUUGUCCCCUGGCUCGCCAUCUGGCGAGGCCCCCUGUCGGCUCUGGUCCAUCCCAACACCCUGCCGCAUAGUGCUCCCGGCGGGGAGGCCGAGGCCGAGGCUGAGGAUGAGGGCCGCCGCGAGCUCAGGAACCAUACCGAGCGGGCGAUGUGGAUGGGCGAGAGGCUCGAGCUGUCUACGGCCAUCUUUGACAAAAUGUCGGAGGCGGCGGCGGCGGCGAGGCAGAAGAAGGACGGACAAGAGUGAGGAAAUUGCUGCUGCAGCUGCUGCUUUUUAUAUCGGAAAAAGGAGAGGCGGUGGUCAGGGUGGCGGCGACUGGCCUUGUCAGACAGUGUUUUGCAUUGUGCCGUUGACCUGAUAUCAGACCCGCACGUCCUUUGUGACAGAGUGCACUCGAAGUUACCGAUAUUGUAAGAGUCGCUUGUCCAAGGAAGAGGAUUAAAGAGCGCAUCACUCACCUGUCGACGUCCCUAAUUAUACAGACCUUGCAGCAAGCUCGAGAAAAGUGUAGAGACAACAAUGCCGUCGAUUUUUCUAGGGUGUGUAUAAGGAGAGUUAUAUACAAAAGAUGCAUAUAAUCAUGUGCAAGAAGAGAAAACA